AUGGGCGCCAACCUGUGGGAGCUCUCGCCAGCCCACGCGGUCACAGGUUACAUGGAUGCAGAAUUGGCAAAAAAAUCAGAUCCCAGAGUCCCGAUUCUAAAAAGUGGAGGCACUUUGAAGUCUAAGAGUGGACAAGAAGAAAACAAGGAAGCACUAAAGAAGGAAAUCUUAUUCACGGAUUCUAAUAAGUUCUUGAUAUACAAAACAGGGUCAAAAAGCAAAGCAGAAGGCAUUGAGUUGGAGAAAGGCAAGAUGAGAAUGGAGGCCAAGGUAAAGGAGAGUGACAUGGGACUGCCAAAAAGGCAGGAAGCCCAAGUAAAGGCGAGUGAAUCCAAACUACCACAAGGACAAGAAUCUCAAGUAAAGGCGAGUGAGUCCAAACUACCACAAGGACAAGAAUCUCAAGUAAAGGCGAGUGAGUCCAAACUACCACAAGGACAAGAAUCUCAAGUAAAGGCGAGUGAGUCCAAACUAUCACAAGGACAAGAAUCUCAAGUAAAGGCGAGUGAGUCCAAAAUACCACAAGGACAAGAAUCUCAAGUAAAGGCGAGUGAGUCCAAACUACCACAAGGACAAGAAUCUCAAGUAAAUGACAGUGAGGCUGGAGUACCACAAGGACAAGAAUCUCAAGUGAAAAACAAGAAUUCUGAAGAUAAAGGAAACCAGGACAAAGAAAAGAAAGAUGCAGGAAAGAAUGAAGAUACAAAAGAAAAUGAUGCCAAAAACAAGAAAGGCGGUAAAGGAAAGAACAAAGCUAAAGGAAAGAAAGAACCACAGGCCAAGAGUAAAAAAGCAGAAGCUUCAAAAAAGGGCAAAGGCAAGGAAAAGGAAGAAGUACAACAAGAAGAGGAGAGUAAGGAUAAAUAA